CCACCCGUUCCUCCCCCCGCCGCCGCCUCCUUCUCCGGCCCCUCGGCCACCUCUACACGACCCAGGCCCUUUGUCCUUGAGAGGAAUCCGUAUUCAGUCUCCUUCGGGGGCCCGGGGCGCAGCCAUGGCGGAGGGCGGGGGCGGAGGGGGCACCGGCGCGGUGGGCGGCGGCGGCGGCGGCGCCAGCCAGGCCUCGGCGGGGUCGACGACAGGCGCGACGGGGGCCGGUGCGAGCGGCGGCCCCAUCAACCCGGCCUCACUGCCUCCCGGCGACCCGCAGCUCAUCGCGCUCAUCGUGGAGCAGCUCAAGAGCCGGGGGCUGUUUGACAGCUUCCGCCGGGACUGCCUGGCCGACGUGGACACCAAGCCAGCUUACCAAAACCUGAGGCAGAAAGUGGAUAAUUUUGUGUCAACACAUCUGGACAAGCAGGAGUGGAAUCCUACGAUGAACAAAAACCAAUUGCGAAAUGGUCUGAGGCAGAGUGUGGUUCAGUCAGGGAUGUUGGAAGCUGGAGUGGACAGAAUUAUUUCCCAGGUGGUGGAUCCCAAACUAAACCACAUCUUCAGGCCACAGAUAGAACGAGCAAUUCAUGAGUUCCUGGCAGCCCAGAAAAAAGAAGCUGUGCCAGCACCCCCUCCAGAGCCUGAAAGCCAGGACCCUCCAGCCCCAUCCCAGGAUGCUUCCUAAGAAUAUGCCUGACUUGUUUUGGAAGCUCCAUUGAAUUAAUGGUGAAGAACUGGAUUCAGUUACAUAAGAGUACAACUUCAGAGUGAAGACAGGCCAAGGUCAUCACUGACUUCACAAUUCAACGUUGACCGUGGGGCGGUGUCCAGAUAAAGUAGGGAGCAAAUGGGCCAGUAGGAGAGUUGACCAUGUGGGCCCCACGUCGUGCUGCCGUCUGGCCAGCCUGUCCAAGGGGUGACACCCACUAGACACUACAGAUACAUUAAGAAACACUACAUCAACUUGGGGUUGUCCUGAAACAAACCUCUGUACUUGAACUUAGAGACUGUGUAUGAAUUUUAGGGUUUGUGCUUGGGGAUAAGCAACAGCUACAAUGAAGGCACAUAACCAGUCCCAAAGAUGCAAUUUCAAAGAAUGACAGUAAAGGUUAGCCAGGGGUAGGUAUUUGACAAUGCUUAUUUGAUAACUGUUUCUCAGAGUUUCAGAUAAGAGUGUACAAGCCAUUAGCAUCAGAUAGCUUUAAGGUUGUUGUGACCCUCUUGUCCAUGACUCUUCAGCUUCUAUUUCCUUUCCCCUGUAAGAGGUGUCAAAACAUGGGACCCUAGAAUGCAUGAGGAAAUGUAGACUUAGGUAUAAGGAGAAAUAUUUGCAGGCUCUCUGUCCAGAGCUUCUUCCUAUCCUGCAAGGGCUAGUGAGUCUUGGGUGUGUUUAUUUUAUUCUCAUGUUUGUGUUUUUUAGAAGGUGAAUAAUAAGUGGCUUAAGUUUUGUAAUUAAA